AACACAAACCUGAACUCAGAAGAUUGUCAUAUAUACAGCUCCUGAGUGAGCUUGAGUUAUCCCCAUGGCGACUUCACCUGAACCCAGGUCCGAAAACCCAAUUGAUUUUCGUGCCCCGCCUCCCUCUCCGGUAGCCUCCGGACGCCGAUCGACUGUCACCAAUGAUGACAUCCUCACCGAAUUCCUCCACCACUCCCUUCGUGUCCCCGACCUCAUCUUGCCCCAUAAGGUCUUUCCCCGCCAAAAAUUCAUUGAAAGUCCCCCAGUGAUUGAUUUACAAUCCUUGACUUCCAAGGAAAGUGAUUCAAUACCCAAGAUUCUGGAUUCUAUAUCCGGAAUUGGGUGCUUUCAGCUGGUGAACUACGGAAUUCCGCCUGAAAGUAUGAGUGCCGCAUUGGCUGCCGCCACUGGCAUUUUCCAUGUCCCACCAGAAAAGAAGGCGGCGGCGACGAGGUCGUUGGAAAGGCCAUACGGCUUUGAAGAAGGUCAUGAAGAGGAGGGCGAGAGUGAGUUGAGUGAAGAGUUUGUAUGGUGUAGAGAUGAAGCUUUGAAGUUGGAAAUGGAGGGAGUCUGGCCAGCAGGAUAUUCAAAUUUCAGCGAGAAAAUGGAAGCCCUGAUGUUUGAGAUAGAGAAGGUUGCUGAGAAAAUUCUAUUGGCCCUCUGGGAAAGUUUUCUAAGAAAACCAAUAUACGAAAAUGAAAUGACACAACAACAAGAACUUGGGUCAUCAGUGUGUUGUCUCUACAAGCAUAGCAAGAAUGUACCAGCCGACAAGUGGUAUGAUGUGAUCAGGAUGCUAAUAAGGGGUACCGAUUUAUCCCAUUCCUUGUGUCUGCAUUUAUGUGAUGGGUCUUCAGAGUUUCACGUCUACUCCAAGAAAGGUUGGGUUUCUUUUAUCCCAGAGAAAGGUGCCCUGAUAAUCACUGUUGGAGACCAAAUCCAGGCAUUAAGUGGUGGACACUACAAGCAUGUGAUAGGAAGACCAAUCUUUAAAGAUGAGAAAGAUGACUGUAUAUCAAUGGCUUUCCUCUGUUCCCCUCCUCCAACCACCAGUACUGCCAAUGCUGCCGCCACCGCCACAACCAGCUGCUCAAAAACAAAGAGGGAAAAGACUAUCUCGCUGAGUCAACAAGCCUUGGUGGCUUUGUUUUUGACUCUUAUAUACCAAAUUUUCGUUUACGUUUCAAAGAAAUUUUGAUGUUUGUAUCCAAAAUGUGUUUACAAUUAUACAUAUAUACUCUACUCCUUUGGUUGCA